AUGCUGAGUGUGGACAUACACCCCGGUUUGGCUCUGGGUCCUCAAAGGAUCAGAGACUGCUUUUACAGAGAGAGGGAGGCUCCUGCUCCCAUCCCGCUGUUCCCUUCUACCUGUGACAUGGCCCCGAGGAUGCUGGGCCCUCCUCCGGUCUGCAGCGAACCGGCCUCCAAACCCCACAAAGGAGAGGUGAAGAUGGAUCUGGAGAACUCUUCCUUAUGGAAACAGUUCAGCUCGGUGGGCACGGAGAUGAUCAUCACAAAGAAGGGCAGACGGAUGUUUCCUGGGCUGAGAUUGAAGCUCUCUGGUUUAAACCCAACGCUACGAUACAUCCUCCUCCUUGACAUGGUUCCCGUGGACAACUCCCGCUACCGUUUCCAAGGCGGUGGCUGGCAGGCUGUUGGUGCGGCAGAGGCGAGGCUUCCUGACCGGGUGUUCAUCCACCCAGACUCACCGGCCACGGGUGCACACUGGCAGAGCCGAACCAUCUCCUUCCAUCACGCCAAGCUCACCAACAACACACUGGACAGUCAGGGACAUAUCAUCUUGCACUCGCUGCAUCGCUACCAGCCCCGAGUUCAUGUGAUUGAAGCCAGAGAUGUGCUGAGGUGGAGUGGAGGACAGCACACCUUCGUCUUCCCCGAGACCCAGUUCAUAACAGUCACUGCCUACCAGAACAACAAGAUCACAGACCUGAAGAUCAACUCCAACCCUUUUGCUAAAGGCUUCAGAGAGGAUGGCAUGAACAGCAAAAGACAGAGAGAUGCCAGACAGAAGCGUAAAAUAGCAGUUGUUUCAGAAACCUUGGAUAUUGUCAACUGUGAUCCAUGUGACUCUACGGAGCUGCUCCAGCAUCCCAGCAGCACCGGCGCAGACAUGCAGGCCCUGGCUCUGGCCUCCCUGCCUCCACUGCCUGACUGUGGGUUCAGUUCAGAGGAGGCCUCCUAUCCAGACUCACUGGUCCCACAUCAGUCACUGGAGCUGGGCCAGGCUUUUAUAGACUCCCAGAUAUCUGACAUCGCCAUCACAAUGGCCAAUGGCAUGCAGGAAACACCAGGAAAUGAAGCAUCACACAAUAUGAUUGAAAGAUCGGACGCUCUGACUGAACCGGCUUACACCUCCAACUUCCCUCCUGCUCAAGCCAACUCCUCCUCUUUUCCCUCAGGUCCUCUUCCCGAGGCCUCCCCCUCCUUCUCCUCACUCCAUGCCCCCGACACCUCAGACAGAUCCGACCCUCAGCCCUCCAUCCCUCCCACAGACUACACCUGCCUCCACCCGUCUGCCCCCGCGCACCCUAACACCCCCUCCAUGCAACAGACAUCCUUCAUCUUCCCUACUCCCCCGCACUCCAACUCCUCCUCCCCAGAGUCCCUCCUCUCCUCGUCUUCCUCCCCCUCCUCCACCAGCUACCACCCCGUCCCAGAGACGGUCAGCCCACACACGCCCGCCUCUUUUCAAGGCCCAUUAUCCACGUGUCGCUCAAAUCUAUCAAACCAAUUACCUGAUCAAUCUCUGCCGACGCAGCCCAGCCAGCCCCUAGGUGAAACUAUCUCUGAUGGAAACGCCCCACCCAUGGCUCAGACCUCUGCAACUUUAUUUCAUCCAAAUUUCCUGCCUACAAAUCCAGACCCCGCCCCAUUUGCCCCUCAACCCUUCACCAACCAGUACCAACUCCAGCCUCUCGCCCACUCCUUACCCACUAACGGUGGCUCCACAUCGUUUGCUUUUCCCUCCGUUGCUCCACAAAUGCAAAGCUUCUCCCUUCCCAGUGUGUCUCCCAGACCUGCUGCUCUGCACCUCUCAAAUCUGAGCCACCAAGCCACCGUUCCCUCCUUAGCUGCUGCUUUCCCACACUCAUCCUUCGCCCAUUCAUCCCCCUCCCUCCCUCACCGCUCUUUCCAAACCCCGCCUUGCUUGGCUCUGUCCUCCUCCUUCCAGCAGUCCGUCAACUCUGCAGUCCCGCAUGCUCAAAAUCUCCCAAACCCUUCCAUGUCCUCCUCCACGUGCUCGUUUGCUCCAGCUGAAAUGAGCGGCAUCCCCCAGUUCAGUCCAGCGCCGUCCUAUCGUCCAGAUAUGGUACUACACCACCCGGCUCUUCUUCCUCAGCUGGAUGCAUCGCUGCCCUCGGCCACUCCUCCUCCAGCGCUUUACUCUACCUUUCCAUCGUACCCUCUCCGGCUGCAUCAGGACCCUCACUCCUCCCUCUCCAUCCCCUUCAGGCAUCUGUACAGACAACACCAGCAUGGCCACCCCCACCCCUACUUGGAUGCAAGCACAAGAACAGUCUUUUAA